AUGGCGGACACUGCGACCAGCUUGUCUGAUGAGCAGAUCAACGAGCUUUUAGAACAGGCCGAAGUGAGACUUCUGCAGAAACAGCAAGCACAACAAGGCAAAGGCAUUGCGCCCAGAACCUCUAAAAAUGUGGUAGUGAAGAGCAAUAGCACCGACGCAUCUGUUUCGCAACCUACCACUUCAACACCCAGUAAGGCCAAGGCCGAGGAACUAUCUGUGCGAGUGCCCGAGGCUCGCAAGUCUAAGAAAGAAAUGGCGCAUAAAGCCGAUGCAGGUCCGCAGUGGUUCAAUCUGCCUGCUACUGAUUUGACGCCUCAGCUUCGUCGCGAUCUGCAACUUCUCAAAAUGCGAGACGUUUUGGAUCCCAAACGCCACUACAAAAAGGAUACUACUCGUGCCAUUCCCGAAUUUGCACAAGUAGGAACCGUCGUACCUGGGCCAACUGAUUAUUUCAGCAGCCGCAUGACGAAGAAGGAACGAAAGCGAACUCUCCUCGAGGAUGUGUUAGAAACGGAGGCUGCAUCCCGAAGAUUCAAGAACAAGUAUGGCGAGAUUCAAGCCGCCAAAACGAGUGGGAAAAAGGCUCAUUACAAGAAAAUGAUGCAAAAGAGAUAUGGACGCAACUACAAGGGAUGA